GGCGGUGAACGCGGCCCAGGACGCCUCGGGAAGGAUUUCUUUCGGCGGCGGGGAGCCCGGAAGCCGGCGGGAUCAAAGCUUCAAGAUAAUGACGAAGGAAGAGGUGAAAGGUAUCCCAGUCAAGGUGGCCCUGCGCUGCCGCCCACUUCUCCCCAAGGAAAUUGAUGAAGGCUGCCAUACCUGCCUUUCCUUUGUGCCUGGAGAGCCUCAGGUGAUAGUUGGCAAUGGGGACAAAUGCUUCACCUACGACUUUGUGUUUGACCCAUCAGUGGAGCAGGAAGAAGUCUUCAACACAGCAGUUGCUCCUCUCAUAAAGGGCAUCUUUCAAGGGUAUAAUGCAACUGUUCUGGCCUAUGGACAGACUGGUUCUGGAAAAACAUUUUCAAUGGGAAGUGCAUAUACUGAAGCUCAAGCGCAGGAGCCAACAAUUGGGGUCAUCCCUCGGGUAAUACAACUACUCUUCACAGAAAUGGACAAGAAGGCAGACUUUGAAUUCACCCUGAAAGUGUCUUACUUGGAGAUCUACAAUGAGGAGAUUCUAGACCUGCUAUGCCCAUCUCGAGAGAAAUCCCCACAAAUAAAUAUACGAGAAGAUCCUAAGGAAGGCAUAAAGAUCGUAGGACUCACUGAAAAGACUGUUUCCUUUGCCAUGGACACUGUGUCCUGCUUGGAGCAGGGCAACAACUGUAGGACUGUGGCCUCCACAGCGAUGAACUCUCAGUCUUCCCGAUCCCACGCCAUCUUCACCAUCUCCAUAGAGCAGAAAAAGAAAAGUGACAAGAAUAGUAGCUUUCGAUCAAAGUUACAUCUCGUGGACCUGGCUGGUUCAGAAAGGCAGAAGAAGACAAAGGCUGAAGGAGACCGUCUAAAAGAAGGCAUUAAUAUUAACAGAGGUCUCCUAUGCCUGGGAAAUGUAAUUAGUGCACUCGGAGAUGACAAAAAGGGAGGCUUUAUCCCCUACAGAGAUUCCAAAUUAACCCGUCUGCUUCAAGACUCACUAGGUGGUAACAGCCAUACUCUCAUGAUCGCCUGCGUGAGUCCUGCAGACUCCAACCUAGAAGAAACAGUGAAUACAUUGCGCUAUGCUGACAGGGCACGGAAAAUCAAGAACAAACCCAUUGUCAACCUUGAUCCCCAGACGGCUGAACUCAACUAUCUGAAGCAACAGGUCCAGCAGUUGCAAGUGUUAUUGCUCCAAACCCACGGAGGGACUCUGCCCGUAUCUAUCAAUGUGGAGCCAUCAGAGAAUCUCCAGUCCCUAAUGGAAAAGAAUCAGUCUCUGAACGAGGAGAAUGAAAAGCUGAGCCGUGAACUCAGUGAGGCAGCUGGUCAGACAGCCCAGAUGUUGGAGAGGAUCAUUUUGACAGAACAAGUGAAUGACAAGCUGAACGCCAAGCUAGAAGAGCUUAAGCAACAUGCAGCGUCCAAACUUGAUCUGCAGAAACUGAUAGAGUCUCUGGAGGAUCAAGAGUUAAAAGAAAAUUUGGAGAUAAUUCAUAAUCUGCAGCAUGUGAUAAGUCAGCUCUCGGAUGAGACUGCUGCGUGCAUGGACUCAGCUGCUAACACUCCUGCCGAGCCAGAUGUCCUAGUGGAAACUAGCCCCAAGAGAAGCAGAUCGUCUCCUGAUUUCUCCACGCAGCAUGCACUGCGCCAGGCUCAGAUGUCCAAGGAGCUGAUAGAGUUGAAUAAAACCCUGGCUCUGAAAGAAGCUCUGGCCAAGAAAAUGACCCAGAAUGACAGUCACCUGCAGCCUAUUCAGUUCCAGUACCAGGAUAACAUGAAAAACCUAGAAUUGGAAGUUGUCAGUCUGCAAAAGGAAAAGGAAGACUUGAUCCUUUUACUUAAUUCAGCAAAGAAGGAUGUCAACCAAGCCAAGUUGAGUGAGCGUCGUCGGAAACGGCUCCAGGAGCUGGAAGGGCAAAUUACUGACCUGAAGAAAAAAUUGAAUGAGCAGUCGAAGCUUCUGAAGUUAAAAGAAUCCACAGAGCACACAGUCUUGAAACUUAACCAGGAGAUACGGUUGAUGAAAAGCCAAAGAGUACAACUAAUGCGUCAGAUGAAAGAAGAUGCUGAAAAGUUUAGACAUUGGAAGCAACAAAAAGACAAGGAAGUAAUCCAGCUUAAAGAACGAGAUCGUAAGAGGCAGUAUGAAUUCCUAAAGCUUGAAAAGAACUUCCAGAAACAAUCCAAUGUCCUCAGACGGAAAACUGAGGAGGCAGCAGCUGCCAACAAGCGCCUCAGGGACGCUCUCCAGAAACAACGGGAGGUUGCAGAUAAGCGGAAAGAGAACCAGAACCGAGGGAUGGAAGGAACUGCAGUUCGAGUGAAGAACUGGCUUGCAAAUGAAGUAGAAGUUAUGGUCAGUACUGAAGAAGCCAAACGCCAUCUGAAUGACCUUCUUGAAGACCGAAAGAUACUAGCUCAAGAACUUGUUCAGCUCAAACAGAAAAAAGAUAGUGGAGAAAACCUGCCUCCCAAACUCCGGAGACGGACAUAUUUACUUGCUGAUCUGCAAAAUUGUGCAUCAGAUGAUUCUGUCCCAAAACAGAUAGAGAGCCUGGAGACUGAGAUGGAGCUCAGGAGUGCCCAAAUUGCUGAUCUACAGCAGAAAUUGCUGGAUGCAGACAAUGAAGAUAGGACAAAGCACUGCUGGGAGAGUGUCGCCACCAUCCUGGAGGCAAAGUGUGCUCUCAAGUACUUGGUAGGAGAGCUGGUCUCUUCUAAAGUACACAUCAGCAAACUUGAAAGCAGCUUGAAACAGAGCAAGGACAACUGUUCUGACCUGCAAAAGAUGCUCUUGGAGGAACAGAGUCAUGCUGUGGAGAGGGAGAGUGAGCUACAGGAGGAGCAGAUGAAGCUGGAACAGCAGCAUCAGGAAAAGGUACUCUACCUUCUUAGCCAAUUGCAGCAAAACCAAGCUAUAGAGACACAGCUAGAAGAAUCCAGCAGUGAACGGGAGCAGCAGAUGCUUGACAGGCUGAAGUUUCAG